AUGGAUGCGUCAAUAAUCGAUCCGAUAGACAGAAUCUUGGAUGCGGCUGAGACAGGCAUGUCACUAAUCCAAAACCGAGAGAUAUUGCACUUUACCUACAUUCCGGAUGUGAUACACCACCGUGAUAUGGAGCAAAAACAGGUCGCACAAUCACUAUUACCAAUACUAAAACAAUCCAGGCCAUCAAACCUUCUAGUCUACGGCAAACCAGGGACCGGCAAGACGUUGGUAGUCAGGAAGGUUUUGGCAAAAAUCCAAAAAAAGGUGGAGUUGAGCAACUUUCCAAUCCGGCUGCUGUAUGCUAACUCCAAACAAGAAACGACGCUCUAUGGGCUUUUAGUGAGUUUUGGACGGCAAUUAGAUCUGACGGACAGGGAUCUUCCAUCCACCGGCCUGGCAAUCAGCGAGGUCUUCAAACGCCUACUUGGCGCAAUAAACAAAAACAGAUUGAACGCGAUCUUUGUGAUAGACGAGAUCGACUACUUGGCGCAACUAGUGUCAAAAACCGGCAAGGACAUUCUUUACCAACUUACCAGAUCAAACGAGUUGCUGGUUCGCGGCAGUCUGACCCUGGUGGGGAUAUCAAACAACCUUUCCUUCAAAGAGAACCUGGAUCCGCGUGUGAUCAGCAGUCUGGGGGAGGAGGAGAUCGUGUUUACAAACUAUACCGUGGAACAGAUACACAAAAUCCUAGGGGAGAGAGCGGAACAAGCGUUUGUCAAGGGAGCGGUGGGAGAGGCCGCCCUGAACCUAUGUGCCGCAAUGGCCGGCCGCGAGCACGGGGACGCAAGACGGGCCAUUGAUCUCUUGCGGGUAGCCGGAGAGAUCGCCGAACGGGAACAAAAGAACGAGGUUACAGAGCAGCAGGUCAGGGACGCAUCUCAAAAAAUAGAGGAGAACAAGGAGGUCACGGCGCUCAAGACAUAUCCACUACAUGAAAAGUUAGUUAUUUUAGCCGUUAUGAGAUCCGCCGGCUCUUCCACAGGGGAGAUAUACACCUCCUACAAAAACCUCUGUACGGGUGUCAGACAAGACCAUCUUACUCCAAGAAGAAUAACCCAAAUACUCAGCGAAAUAGAGAUGUCCGGCAUUAUCUCUAGCAGAAUAAUACAUCAAGGAACGCACGGCCGGACAAAGAAACACAGGUUGACCAUCUCUGCCGAUACUGUGAAAAAAACAUUCCAAGACGAUCUAGUGUUGGAAGAUGUACUCUAG